CUUUUUUCAUUCUUAUUUAUUUAUCUUCGGUUGCAUGAAUAUCGUGUACCUGGCCGCAAGUAAAUUUCACGCCAACCUUUGUUUGCUGAAGAUUUUCCAAAUUUCUGUCGUAUUUUGCAUCUGUAUGAGCAUUUCUGGAAGAUAAGUAACGAGAUCCUGUGACAAAUUGUUCGCGGUUGGUAAACAUGUCGGUAUCGUGGGUAAAGCUUCAUGGUUUGUAUUUGAAAUACGUCAAAUGGGUUUCCAGCAAUCCGUCAGCUCUGGGGGAUGUGGAAAUGACGGUAAAAUGGUUGUCAUAUUUCAUAGCCGGUCAAAUCAACAAAUCGUCCGCGGCAUCUGAGCUGGUCUACUCGUUAUCCAACCUGUUGGUAUUUUACAACGAUCGGAUCAUUGAGAAAGCCAAUGGUACUAUCGUGUGUGAAGGUUCCGGUUCAGUUGCAAGGCAGAUAAAGAUUAUCCUCACUACACUAGAGUAUUGCGAAGUAUUCAUUGAACUGUCGGCUCAUAAAGUAUGGGGCUCGCGAGGACGCUGGUUCUUAAUCGUCGUCGUGCAGACAAUCAAGUGCAUUGGUCGUUUGGCUCUCACGAUGUUUUGCAGAAAUAAUAUCGUGCACAACCCGCCGAUACCGGUGCUUGAUAGGACGAACCUGAUCGAAUCCCGACCGACAGCAGAAAAUGCGUCGUUUCAAAGCGAUGGCCAGACGGUUGUACUGAAACGAUCGGGAAAGAUAUUACGGAAAGUUGAAGGAGCUCCUCCGAUAGUGGCUCGAUCCUGGAAACCACUCAAACACGAGAGUAGCUCACACGUAGUCCAGUACGCAGGUCGCUUCAUUCGUACUGCUGAACUAAUGUACAUUUUAAAACCAAUGGUACAUCUGGCGUGUAUUCGGAAGUAUGGUCUGAAAAGUUGGAAAUCCUACCUAGUGCCGAUGGCUAUGGAUGUGGCUAGCCUGCGUAUAUACUAUAAAAAUCGUCAGGACCUGUCCAAGGAGCAAAAGCAAGAACUCUCCCGUCGUUGCGUUUCUAUGCUGUUAUACUUGAUGCGCUCACCGUUCUACGACAAGUACAGUAAGGACAAAAUUGCUGGCUUACUUACUAGAAUCGGAAAAAACGUUCCGUUGACAGGAAUGAUCACGAGCUUAAUUCUUUCGUACAUUCCACACUGGCAGGAAACCUAUUUCUACAUGUGGUCCAGUUAAACCAACCUGUCAUAUUUUAUGCUGUUCAGUGUGAUAGAAUAGGUUUGGUGGUUGAAUAUAUAAUAUUAGAUAAGUGUACAGGAAAUUGUUGAUUUGGAAGGGCGGUUUUAUAUCCAGCACGGUAAAGAUUGGUUGUUUUCCAUUUAUUAAACAAUAAGACUAUGCAUAAUUAUAGAUGGCUUCAAACAAGCCAUAGAAAUAAAAUUGGUAAAAUGGA